AUGGAUCUUAUAGAUCGUGAGUUGGUGCGCAGCCGCAGUCGCGAUAAGAAAGGAGGAGGAGGAGGUGGUGGCUUGCGCGGCUGGAGCGACAGUGAUUCGGAUGAUGGCAAGUAUCAGCUGAAGGCUCCAAGCAAGUUGGCGCCGGUGUCUGGGUGGAAGCAGGCUGAGACCAAGAAGCCAGCAGGCUCUCAGGAUAUAUUCCUGCGGCCAGUGCCAGCGAUCUCAGCAAUCCGCCUGACUCCAGCACCAGGUCAAGACGAUGACGAAGAAGAGGCCAGCGACGGCGAGAAGGUCCAGAAGCCGAUGGCAAGCCGUGGCAAGCCACUGAAAGCAGCUUCUGCUGAUGAUUUAGCACAUGUACGAGCUUCGCGGAAGGAUGCCGCGGAAGACAGGAAGAACGAGCACGAGGAUAGGGCGAAAGCUUUGCGAAGAGAAAAGGAGGAGGAUAGAGCCCAGAAGGCAGACGACGUGCGAGAGAAGAAAAGGCGAGAAGAUGACCGUGGCGAUGGCCGAAGUGCUAAGGAGAAGGAAAAAGAAAGGAAUGGACAGGAUAGAGAACGACGUGCUGAUGGCGGCCGCAAGGACGAUGGCCGCUCUGGCGGGAAGUCUCGGCGGGAUCGAGACGAUCGAGAUGAUAGAGAUGGACGGGAUCGUGGAGAUAAAGCUCGAGACAAAGAUGGUGAUCGCCAUGACCGCCGUGAUCGGGGCGAAGAACGUGAUCGGCGAGAAGGUCGUGACAGGGAACGAGGCCGCGGAGAUCGCCGCGAGCGAGAAAAAGAUAGGGGACGAAGCCGCGAUCGGCGCUGA